AUGCGCAUUAAGUCUCGUGAGAUCGCGCAUGCGCUUAAGCCCAUAUUACCUACAACCAAGUCUCCUCCAUUCAACAGCUAUCCAGCGAGUGACGUAAGCGCAAGCUUGCGCAUGCGCUUCACGGCUAAGUGCCGCCAUAUUCUAACCUGGGUUGUUGGACAGGUUGAAAAGCUUCAAGGUGGCAGCUCCCAGUGUGACGAUACUGAGUUUCCCUACCCGGUUUUUGAAAAUGACCUGCAUAUUACAUCUUUGAGUGGACUGGAAAAAUCUAUUGAACACAUGUCCUUUAACAAUGAGAAUGAUGAAGAAGAUAUUGUUAAAGAUUUUCAGCCAACACUGGAAAAAAGUAUAUUGAAUGGCUUACAGGAGCUUUAUCUUUCGCAGACACUUUGUGAUGCCAUCCUAGUCGUUGAAGAUAAAAGAUUCUUUUGUCAUAAGGUUAUCCUCUCUUCAGUUAGCCCGUAUUUCCGUUCAAUGUACACCAGCUGCUUGAAAGAGUCAGAGCAUGGAGAAGUUGUGCUUUUGGAUAUCUCUGCUUGUGUCAUGCAGACAGUGCUCACAUUUAUCUACACUGGUGCGAUCUCCCUCACCUUGGAUAAUGCAAAAGAGAUGUUUACAACAUCUAGUCGUCUACAUAUUGUCCCCUUGCAAGAUCUGUGCGCCAGAUUUUUCAUUAAGAAACUCAACACUGAGAACUGCAUAUGUAUUUACCAAAUGGCUUAUAGGCACAACCAUGUAAACCUUAUCAAAGCAGCUUUAGAGUAUAUAUGCUGGCACUUCAUUGCUCUAUCUGGAAAAGAAGAUUUUCUUUAUCUAGACUUGGAAGAAUUAGCAAAUGUCCUCUCCUCAGAUAAACUGAUGGUUCCCUCAGAGCUAUAUGUAUAUUGUUUGGCUUGUCGCUGGUGGGAAUUUCACAACACCAAGCAUAAAUCACUCCCAGAAGAACUGAUUAGAGUUAUCCGUUUUCGACUCAUUCUUCCAUACGAGCUUGGAGAGGUGAAGUCUGGCAUAUGUGACAUUUCUUGUCUUCAGGAUCCCUCAAGUUUCCAGUUACGUCAAGGAAUGUAUGAGGAAAGGAUAAUUUGCUUUGACUUUCAGGACAAAGAAGGUGAGAUACUUGAAGAUUCUGAUUAUCAUAUGGACAUUUAUGAUCUAAAUUCUGGGGAAUGGACCCAGCUGCCAUCCGUGAGGUCCCGUUCGAAUGCUAAAUAUGUAGCUAUUGGGAGGCAUUUGUAUAUGACAGGAGGAUCACAAGAGGAUGUGAACUUUCAUUAUUUUGUUUCUAACAAACUUAAUAUGUAUGACUCUGAAUUAAAUGAAUGGAUGGAGUUACCUUCUAUGGCGGAACCUAGGUGUUCUCAUGGUUUCCUAGCUUAUAACCAGAAAUUGUAUGCAGUGGGAGGUUGCAAUGAUACCACAGUCACCAAUUCUGCAGAGUGCUUUAAUGUACAACAAAAUUGUUGGAGCAAAAUAUCCAACCUGCCUAAACCAGUGAAUAGCUUUGCCUCUACACAGUUAAAAGGCAAACUCUAUCUCAUUGGUGGAGACACUACAACCAGUAACUCUGACCUAUAUCAUAGAGGGUUCCUUGUAUACAACACAUUUACAGAUGCAUGGAGCCAGUUUGCACGUAAUAUAGUAGUAUCAUCUGCAGGGGCAGUGGCAUUGGACAACAAGGUAUUUGUUAUUGGUGGUUACACUCCAAAAAUUUACUAUGGAAAAUAUGGACAGAUGAUAAGAGCCACUUCUAAAUGUUUUUGUUUGAAUGAUCAGGGUCAAGUUUGCCUUGAUUGCCCAGUGCCUCAACUUCCUAAACAUCUUGCAACAGCUGGGGUUGUACUUUGGAAGAGAAGAAUUUAUGUUCUAGGUGGUGGAGACUUUGAAAGUGAAAACUAUUCUAACCACAUAUAUUACUGGACUCCAGGUGAUUCAAAGUGGACAGAAUGCAGGGAACUUAUGCCUAUUGAAUUUGGAGUAAUUGAUUUUGGAUGCGCCAUGAUGCAAUUUCCAUUAAAACCUUUUCAAUCUCUUAUCUCUGCUAGAAGAGCACUUGGCAAAUAG